UUUGCGAGCUCCUGCGGGAGCAACUUCGGCACCGCGUUGAGAGUUCGGUCCAUCGAGGAGCUCGAGCAAAGUCUCAAUAAGUACGUCGAGAAGUACACAAAGACUGAAGAGUCCUCGGCCCAGCAAUCUUCUCAUAUCGGCGCCGUCUUACGCCAGAUCGAGGCGCAAGAGGUUGUCUACAAGGCCGCGGUGCAGGAGUUGCAUUUAGGAGUUGUGGCUACUGCGCCGACGGAGGGCAAGGACAAAGGAGGUGGAGGCACGGCCACGGCACAUUUCGAGUCCCACGACUACGAGUACCUCCACAAGUACAUGUACAUUGUCGAGCGGCUCAAGGAUCUGGGGCAGCUCACCUUCAUGACAUGCGAUCUUUGGGUUGGUGAAGGAUUCACUCCAAGAAACAUGAAGCUCAUCCAGAUCAUCGGCCAGGAAGUGCAGACAGACGUACCAACGGAAAAGCUGAUGGGGCUGACGCUGGAACCCCCAGGUUACGAUGACCUGACGGCGCCAGUCGGCGCGUUCCUGGAACAGAUCGGGGGCACGGGAGACAAGUUCACGCUCAUGGGCACCACCAAGCAGCAGGCGGUGGAGAUCAUGAACCAGGCCCACGAGGCCUGCGAUCGCCGCGCGUGGACUGAGCUCUGUGCUGCCACGGGCUGUGAAGAUGGGUGGCACCCGAAGCAUUAUCACCUGCUAUCGGAUGCUUCGCUAAACUUGCUCGCCAAGUUCUUCCACCUCAUGGACCUCGCGAGUUCGGCUCCUGAUUUAGUCCAGAGGACACCCGUGCUCUUCAAUGGCGUGGACAGGGAGAGGUUCGGCAAG